AUGCAUCGCACACACCACACCACUACCACCACCACCACCCGCCGUGGCAUGUUUGGCCGCAAGCACGUCGUCCACCACCAGAAGCGCAAGCCCACUCUGGGUGACAAGAUCUCUGGUGCCAUGCUCAAGCUCAAGGGCUCCCUCACCCACCGCCCCGGCGAGAAGGCCGCUGGCACCCGCCGCAUGAGAGGCACAGACGGCCGUGGAAGCCACCGCUCCGGCCGCCGCCGCACUGGCCGCUACUGGUCCGGCGAAGGUAACCAACCGCCACUGCUCAAAUACACCGCCACCAAACCGGCGUGA